AUGGCUACUAUUACUGAUUUCAACAAUACAACUUUUCAGCAUGAGGCUCUGUUACCAUCUAUGCCUGUACCACCGUUGCUGACCACUGUACAACAACUAUUAGCUGCUUUAAAGCCAAUAUCAUCACCCGAAGAAUACGAACAACUCUUGUUUGAAGCUAAUGAUUUUGUCACCAAUGAUGUUAUCAAGUUGAUUCAGCUUCAUCUUGAAACGUUGUACAACAACCACCCCGAUAAGAACUAUUUGAACAUUGUCAACAACGAUAUGACUCCCGCCAUAUAUGGAGAAAUCAAAUCGGACAUUUUACCCAGAAAUCCUUAUUUAAUUUUGGAAGAUGACCCUUAUGCAAAGACUAUACAUCCACCAAACCAGGCUGAACGGACAGCAAACUUGGUUAACUCAACUUUGAAGUUGAUUGUUACUUUAAGAAACUUUACUUUUAAACCUGAUGUCACGCCAAAGAAUAAAGUACCGUUAACCAUGCAAUGCUUUUACCAUUUAUUCGGUUGCACUAGAAUUCCUGACUUUGAGGGCGGUACAUCAGAUAUCAGUAUGAAGAAGUACAAGCACAUCAAUGAUUCUCGACACAUUAUUAUCCUUGCUAAUAACCAAUACUACUCCUUAGAAGUAUUGACUAAAUUUGACGAAGAUUUGUAUAAGGAGACUAAAACCAAACAUCAAAUCAUAUUCCAUGACCACGAAUUGGUUGACAUUUUCCAAGAUAUCAUCGAUGCAACAGACAAGAUCCUGCCUGAAGAUUCCAUUAAUAACUGUAUUGGUUCAAUCACAACGCAGCCGUUGAAAAAUUGGAAAAAAGGAAGAGGUGAAUUGAAUAAAUCAAACCCUGAACAAUUGAAAUUGAUUGAUGAUGCUUUGUUUGUUGUUGUUUUGGACUCAAACUCACCCGAGACCGAACAAGAAAAAACUUCCGUCAUUUCUCAUGGUUCGUCAGUAUUGUCGGAGUCAAAUAUCCAAUCGGGUACUUGCACAUCUAGAUGGUAUGACAAGUUGCAAUUUAUCGUUACAAGAAAUUCAGUUGCUGGAAUUGUUUGGGAAUCGUUGACUAUGGACAGCACCGCUAUCCUUCGAUUCAUCAGUGAUAUUUAUACUGACUCAGUAUUGAAACUAGCAAAAAACAUCAAUGGUUCAGAAUAUACCUUGUUUGAUGAGGCAGUCACCUUUGCUGACUCGACGUUGCCCAAGCCUAAACCUGAGUUGAUCAAAUUUAACUUGACUGAUCGAUUGCAGUUUCUUAUCCAUUUAUCGGAAACGUCAUUGGCCGAUUUGAUCAACCAGCAUGAAUACAAAACGCACACCGUCAAGUUGGAAUCGCGUUUGGCUAGUGAGUAUGGGCUUUCAGUUGAUUCAAUUAUGCAAAUUUGUUUUCAAAUCACCAAUUAUUCCUUAUACGGGAGAAUGGUCAACACCUUGGAGCCGAUAAUGACUCGUAAAUUUAGAGAUGCUCGAACUGAGUUAAUCACAGUGCAGAAUGACUCCGUGGCCAACUUGUGCAAAUUGUACAUCACAAGUGCAAAUUCCGCAGAAAAGUUUGCUGCUUUCAGGGAAUGUUGUACCCUGCAUCAGAAACAGUAUCAUGACGCAAUGGUGGGUAAAGGAUUUGAACGUCAUUUUAUGUCUAUUGCUCAAGUUGUUCAUAAACCUGAAGCGGCAAGAAGAUUAAACAAGAUUAAUAGCGACUUACCCCCAAUUCCUACAUUUAUUGAGGAUGACGAGGAGCCUGUUAGAUUGCCUUUAUUAUUCAAUACUUGUGUUGAUAAGUUGCUGAAUCCAGAACUCCUCAUAUCCAACUGUGGCAAUCCAGCUUUGCGUUUAUUUGGGAUCCCACCCGCCAUUGACCAAGGUUUUGGAAUUGGCUACAUUAUUCAUAACGAUAAAGUUAUAAUUACCGUUUGUUCCAAACAUCGCCAAACUGAACGGUUCUUGGGAACUUUCCACAAGGUUAUUCAUGAUUUGAAAAUCCUGCUCAAGAGACAUUCAAGCUUUGUUAUGCAUCUUAGUGAAUCAGAGAAUCGUAAAGUUGAAUUUCAGAAAUUACGUAUAGAAAAUGAGCUUAGUCAUGUCAGUCUCACAGACCCAUCAUUGAGGCAUCCAGUCUUAUUGACUGCCAAUAGCAAUACUGAAUCGGGUGCAGCUACCCCAAUGGAACGCCACCCAUCGGAUGAAACUACUACAUCUACCGAAGAUGGAGAAGACUCUGAUUUUGAGUUACUUGGUGGUUAUGGAUACUUCGACUAUGGAAAUCUUGAUAUUCGCUCAGAUGAUGUGUCACGUACGCAAUCGUAUCUCAAUAGCGGUUCACAAUCGGCAAUUUCCAGUGCUUUGAGUUCAAGACACCAUUCAGAAACCAACUUGAACAAAUUUGCUUUAACUCGUGGAUACGAUAUCAAGCAUAAACAGAAUUUGACUGAUCGUAUUAGGGACAGAUUGAUGUCCCCUAGUGAAGAGAGCAUGCAUGCACCAGGAAACGUUAAUUGCUCUGAUGGAACUACUACUGGUAAUGGAACUGCAGCUCGUAAAAACAAUGUUAGCUUUGAUACUGGAGACGAUGGUACAGCUGUGGAGGUUAAGGUGGAAGUAGAGGAGAAGGAAGAGGAUAUCAAGGGUAAGGGUCUGGGUGCCACACCAAAAGGUCUUAUUGGUAGAAUGCUUGAUCUUAACUACCAUUGA